AUGCAUCACUAUCCUGAAACCUUCUUUCACACCUAUCAUUAUGAUCAAGCAGUCUAUCAGCUGCCUGCUGUCGAACAUCUCGCAAACCAGUGUGAAAUACAGCCAACAAUGGAAAUUCGCAAUCAUGAUCCUCUCGCAGCAUGUGAUUCUCAUGUAUGUAGCGGGUACACGCCAGUAUAUACACACAAUAAUGGAGCUGUUCUGGGCGCUGCUAUCUUGCAGGGAAACACAUGGCAGUCUGGAACCUAUGCUAUGUCUCUCGGAAACGGGCUCGAAAGCUUCGGUACAAAGAAAACAGGAAAGCUUUCCCGCAAGAUGCGUUUGACACCUUCCCAGAGGGCAGCAAUCGUUGAAUUGGACUCAGUGCGUGAUCCGCGACAAAGGAUGACUCAAGCACAGAUUGCAAGGCUCUUUGGAACCAGCAGAUCUGCCAUUUCGAAAAUUUUGCGACCAAGCAGCGUUGAGAAGAUAAGAAAGAAUUAUGCAGCACAUUUCAACAACAAAAAUGUUGAAUUUAUCCGAUCGGAUACAGAAUGCACAGAAGCAAGGUCUGACUUGGAUUCGAGUUACGGCGGAGAGCACGGGUUUUGGGGAAUUGAGGAAUCAAGUCCAAGCAAUGGAAGAUGCAUGGUUGAGUUCCUUGUUUCUACUUCAAACGAUCAAUCCUGCAGAGUCAUUCCAUUGUGGCUUGACACUAACUGGCUUGGUGAACCGUUUCAAGGGUAUCGAAAGCUUGUUGAAGCGGUGAUCAAAGAAUUUGGCCUCGACGUCGCAUUCGCAGACACUAUGAGACUGUUUUACCAAGACGCGGAUGGUGACAACAUAAUUGUCUCCUCUGACCAUGAGCUUGGCAUUGCCAUGAAGCAUUUUCCAGCGGGCCUGUAUGUUAGAAUGAAUGUGCAGCUGAUUUGUUAA